AUGUGUGUGAUAACCAAGAUUGUUAUCUCCAUUUCGUCAAUGAUGACUCUUCUGGGAGAUCAAUUGAAGAUUGUGGAAUACAUUUGGGGUAAAAUAGAUGUCUCAAGGUCAGGGAGAAUUCCAUGUGAGGAUCUUCUUGUUGCUAUAGACUUGUUUGAGGAGGUCCUACAGAUUCCCAAAUUUUCACUUCUAGAUCAAAGUUCAAGAGAAGUGGCCCUACUAUUCAUUGAGGACACUAAACUGUUGGAAAUCAAUCAAGACGAUCUUCUUAUGUUGUUAGAUGAUAUUGGGAAUACAAAAGUUUUACAAGAUGCUUGUGAAUCAUUUCUUAAAUCGCAUCCACAGAAGGAAACUCAUUACUUCAAAGACUUUGAUUAUUCUCAUGAGUAUGAGGACACUUCUUUUAUGGGAGAGCCUGAAAGGAACGACAUAUUUUUUCAAAAAGACCCUUCAUCUUUGGAAAUACUUUCAAAACGGCAAGAUUCAGGAUAUAUCAGUGACGCCAGAAGUUUGGAAAGUGAACUAAAGUACAGGGAUCAAGUCAUUGAAAGUUUGGAGUCUGAGCACAAGCAAUUGUUGAACACGAUUAACGAACAAAACUUGAAAUUAAAAGAAAUCGCUAAAGAAAGCACAGCGGCUCAAAAUCAUGCUGAAUAUGUGGAAAAACAGCUUGAGCAGACAUUGUCGGUCAAGAAUUCAGUGUCAAGUCUUAAAAAGAUGUACGAAGAAACACUAGAAUCCAAAAGAAUAGCAAAAAAUCUUCAUGCCAAAAGGUUAGAUGAUGAUAGGAUAAUUGAUGACAGUAAACUAUAUGAUUUCAUCAAUAACAUAGAAUCAGGAUUCAGUGAAUUGGAUGACAACCUUGAGGCCUUGAAAGCCCAAUCGGCACUUGAAUUAUCUCACAUUCACCGCUUAGAUUCUUCAAAUGAUAAUCAUGGUAAAAAGCUCAGAAUAUUGAAUAACCAAUUGAACUAUCUAAUUGAAGAAUUCAACAAUGUUAGGGAAAGAAUAGGGUCUAUGGAUGACUCUAUGAUCAUUGAAGAUGCCGGCGCUUCAGAAAUCUAUGCUUCAGAUAACAUUAUGACAGAUAUACAGUACAAAGAGAUCUCUGUUCAAUUACAAAAAAUACGAGAUGACACUAAUUUCCUUAAUGGUUCCGUGAAACAAAGUUUAUCAACCAAAAAUAUUGCUAGCUUACAAGACAUUGCUAUAUUGCAAGAUUCUAAGUAUUAUGAUUCAUCCUUGUCUAUUUCUUCCUCUUCAAGUUUAUCGCCUCCAUUAAAGUCAAACGCCUCCUAUAGAAAGAGGCCACGAAAAAUUAGAAAAACUCCCCUGAUCAAUCCUCCUGAAAAAUCAGUUAAAAAUUCUAGAUCAUCAACUCACUUGCUAAAAAAGCCAAAGUCUCAAAUAUUGCUUAGGAAAAAAUCGUCACAUCUAAGCACUCUGUUGAACAAGAAUUGUGAAAGUCUAAGCUUCAAAGAUGCUAAAUUUGAUUUUCUAGCUAAGGAAAAAGAUAAUAGCUUCACUGAAGAAGAUGCCAAUAAUGAUCUUUCUAUCAAUUCAUCAACCACGGGAAGCAAAUCGGCUUCGGAUUAUGAAAAUGAAACUUGCUUUUCGAUUGGUAACUCUCAUGUGGAUGUGCUUUAUAGCAAUGAGGGGCCUUCUGGUGAUGAAAUUUUUCUACACAGAGAUUCAUACGACGCUGAUUUUGAUAGUGAAGACGAGCUUAGCAGCAUGAAUUAUGAUGAGUCUUUAAAUAAUAUUUUUGGUCAUCACAAAGAUUUCUUGAAGCCGCUUAGAAAAAAGGCUUCUUUGCAUGAUGAACUAAUCAACUGUUCUGAUAUCGUUUUGAACAAUAAUGACUUAAUUGGCUUGUCAACCCCAAAAGCUAAUUUCCUCAACUCCAAUUCAAAUGAAGAUAUGGCCAAGACCAUCACCCAGUCAUCCAUAGCAAAGAAUGAGCCCCCAAGUAACAAUUUUGAUUUGGUUCCCAUUGAUCUCAAUGACGAAGCAUCCCUUUCAUUUAAUGAUGUUGGAUUUGAAGAGCUUCUUACUGUUAUCGAAAGCUUUGAACCUGAUAAGCCAGGCACAUGUGAACGGAUUGAUUUUGAGAAGAAAUAUAUUUCUGAGCUUCGUGUUUCCGACAAUGAUCAAAAGUCAUCAUUCUCUUCAACUACAGAAAUCUCGUCUGAAAUUGAAGGCUUUCAAUCACAAGCUAUUCUAAAGGAAAAAUCAUUCAUUUUGCUUAUUUGGGAAAAUAUUAUUUUAUUUAUUGCUUUGAUAUUGCAUAACAUUUCCAAUUUUUCGAGAAAUGUUGUCAACGGUACAAUUUUCCAAGGAAAAGCUAAAGUUGAUUGA